AUGUUCCCCCCACCAAAAUCAAACGUCCGCUUCAACGCUGAAGCCGCAAAAUGGGACGAUAACCCCUCCGUACAAGAAGCCACCCGCCUAGCCUACGAAACCCUCCACCCCCUCAUCACCACUCUAUCAAAUGGCGGCGAUCAAACCCUCGACGUCCUCGAAGUCGGCUGCGGAACCGGCCUACUCACCCUCCGCGUCGCGCCGCACAUCAAGCACAUCGUCGCCCUCGACCCCGCAGAGGGUAUGAUCGAAGUCCUGAACGCGAAGCUCUCCGACCCAACCGCCCCCAAGAACAUCACGCCGCUCUGCCACUUACUCACCAACCCAGAAGACCCAGUCCUGCCCCCGGCGUCCGCAACCGAGUCUACAGGCCCCGGCACGGGGGCCAGGCGGAAAUACGACCUCAUCCUCUCCCACCUCGUCAUGCAUCAUGUCCCCGACCUGCGGCAGUUCCUGAGCACGCUCCGCGGCUGUCUCAAGUCCGGGGGGCGGGUGUUCCUAACUGAUUUCGAGGACUUUGGGCCGCAGGCGCGGUUGUUCCAUCCCAAGGACAAGCUUGCGGGGGUGGAAAGGCAUGGGAUUCCGCGCGGGUGGAUGGAGGAUCUGAUGCGGGAGGUGGGAUUCGCCGAGGUGAAAGUGUCAGUUGGGUGGACGCUAGAAAAGGACGUGGAGGAUUGGGAGGACGGUAGGCGGGAGAUGAUGAAGUUUCCGUUUUUGGUGUGUGAGGGUGUUUGUCCUUGA